UCCGCGCGGAGCGCGAACAUCAGCCUCGACGCGCGCUUGAGCAUCAGCAGCAAAGAUCUUUGAUCAGCAGACCCGGUCGUCGCUGGAGCAGCGGCGCGGUUGGUGUCCUCCUGAAUCCAUGAGGUCUUUGCGUUUUUAGAUGGGGGGAAAGGAGUGUGAGAAACCAAAAUGAUCAUUUUACAACACAAAAUAAGAUGGCACAAAUACCGCAUCAGUAAGGCUACUCAACUGUGAACAUCACUCUCUCCUCUGCAGAACUGACAUGAGAGUUGCAACAAAAGCCUUGUUGAAAUGAGCAGAAGUAUACGUGGAAGCUGAAAACGGUGCCUGGCUGAACAGUUAAAUGAUCAAAUAUGCGUCUCAGCAUGAGAAGGAUUGUUCAGCUCAUCUGCUGUGCUAUUGCUACAAUGAUGGUCUUUCACAUGGGCCACCACAUGUGGGAAUGUCAGCAAAUACUAAAUGAGAAUGGAGGAUGGUUUCAUGGCAGACGAACACACAGCGUGAUGAAACCUGAAAGGGAGGAAUUUGUCAUGUUUAAUUCAAACCACAUUGAAUACCGCUACAGUAAAAAUAUGCCCCUAAUCUUCAUAGGUGGAGUGCCACGAAGUGGGACAACAUUAAUGCGUGCCAUGAUGGAUGCACAUCCAGAUAUCCGCUGUGGUGAAGAAACACGGAUCAUCCCACGUGUGCUGGCCAUGCGUCAGGUGUGGUCUAAAUCAGAACGUGAAAAGAUGCGCUUGAAUGAAGCAGGAGUGACGGACCAGGUCCUCGACUCAGCAUUGCAAGCAUUUAUAUUGGAAGUAAUUGCAAAGCAUGGCGAACCUGCGAAAUACUUAUGCAAUAAAGAUCCUUUCACCUUAAAGUCUUUAAUUUAUCUGUCCAGAUUGUUUUCAAAAUCUAAAUUUAUCCUAAUGAUCCGAGAUGGUCGAGCAUCUGUGCACUCAAUGAUUACAAGAAAAGUGACAAUUGCUGGAUUUGACCUCAGCAGCUACAGAGAUUGCAUAAUCAAAUGGAACAAGGCUAUCGAAAUUAUGUAUAGCCAAUGUAUGGAGGUGGGACCUUCCAGGUGUCUCUCAGUUUAUUAUGAACAGUUGGUAUUGCAUCCGAAAAAGACUAUGGAGAAGAUCAUGACUUAUUUGGAUAUUCCAUGGAGUGAUGCUGUUUUGCAUCAUGAAGACUUAAUAGGAAAAGCAGGAGGUGUCUCACUUUCAAAAAUAGAGAGAUCCACCGACCAAGUUAUCAAGCCAGUUAAUCUUGAGGCUUUGGCCAAGUGGGUGGGACACAUUCCUGAUGGUGUGGUUGAGGAUAUGGCAAGGAUAGCACCUAUGUUGGCCAAACUAGGCUAUGAUCCCAAAGCCAAUCCACCAAAUUACGGAAAUCCUGAUGCAAUAGUUAUUAAUAACACCAAAAGGGUUUUGCAGGGUGAUUUUAAAACUCCUGCCAAUUUGAAAGGACCAUCUGUGGUAAAGAAUGCUUCAAUGCCUUGAUUUCAGUACCAAUGCCUUGAAGACAGGGGCACCAGAUUAUUUGGCAGACAAAACAGAAAAUGACUGAAAACGUUUUGAUUGGAAUCAACCAAAUCUGCUGAUACACUCUUGCAUUCAUGUUGUGGUGUGCUUGAUGGAUACUGUAAACUUGUGACAAUCGUAACUGAAUCUUUACAUUCUGUGAAGGAAGUUACUUUAAUGAUACUUCCUUCCCCAAAGUUAACCUUACUUUGGUUCCAAGGUGAAGUCAUCAGUCCAAUGAUUUUUUGUGCAUUUUCAGAUUGAGAGUAAUGCUAUAUCAUACGCCUCCAUGUGAUUGUUGUUUGUCUACUUUGCCAUGUUCUCUCCUGUGUGCAUUUAUUGAAUAUAAUGCCUUGAGCAGUGCUUUAAACUGCUGUAUUAUUUCCAAUCACCACUAUGACAAUCAAGAAUGUAUAAUCCUAAACGUUUUCCAUAAUGUGACUGCCCUCAUAUCCAAGUGUGUUUAAUAAUUGAUACCACACACUAAUUGAUGAAAUAUUGCUGUUCUACCACAGUAAAACCUGUAGCUUACCUAGAAGUUAUUCACUGUCAGAAAUUCAAGCAAAAGGUAAAAAUAGUAUUUCACAUUUAGAAGCAUGCCCAGUAAGAGUCUUCUGUUUGUUCUUCCCCUUUUUUUAAAAAUGAUUUUUGACUGCUAUGCUGCCCCACCUGAAAUUCCUAACAAUUUUGCCAAGAGCUCUUAAAUUAAUAAAUCUUGAUAGGAAUCUGAGCUUAAUGGGUCUCGUAUGCAUGCACUGAGAUUCAAGAUAUGGUAGCAAACAGAUAAGGUUUAUCUUGAACUAUUAAGCAGUAAUUAUGUCUCGUAUAACUUGGGCUUCGUGGAGCAAGAUUAAAAGUUUAAAAGAUUAAAAGUUAUCUUGCAAAGGACAUUUUUCAAUUACUAUAGUUUUAAUUUCCUAAAUUUACCUUAUUAGACAUUCACUGUACAAAAUAGAUUAUGCUGUGACUAAAUUGCUGUCAACUUUGUCCCACGAAUAGAAUGUUCAUUUUAAGUCAAUCAAAUAAGUGUAAAGCACUAUGAAGUAUAUCUGAGAAAUUCAGACUGUUAUAUAAUACCAUCGUUCUAUUGUUGUCUUCAAUCCCAUUCACCUCAGAUUAUCAUUGAAAUUUAUUGAUUUCUGGAAGAUCAAGCAGUGGUUUGUUGCUGUAUCUUGGAAACGUUUUGCUCGAAAUAACAAUUAAAUUGUAAUUUGCAGACUUUGCCCAUCACCAAAGUUAAGUUACCUAGCCACUAACUAUUAGACAAUAGGUGUAGGAGUAGGCCAUUCGGCCAUUCAGUUUAUCCCUUAUUUUAAAUGUUAACAAAGACCUGUUGUUGCCGGGUAAGAUUUAAAAAUUCUGUUUGGUGCCUCUGGAAUUUCUUCCAUUGCUUCUCUUAAAUCAAAACAAGCUGUUAGCUGGACCUGACAAUUUGACCAUUCUCCAAAAUGCUCAAUCUUUUAAUUUGGCUUUACUACAAUUAUCCUAUUCAGAGUUUUGCAUCUGUUUGCCUUAACAACAACAACGGUAUCAUCCCUCUCUUUUGUAAAGACUCUCAGAAUAUUCAAGACCCUUUCCAUAUCCUCUACCUUCAUGCACCACUCUUUGCUCAUUUAUCCUUUUGUGUUUUAUGUGCGUAUAGCACCUUUUGAAUUUUUUGGUUUUACUUUUUUUCUUGUGUUAUUUUUCUAGCUUUCACUGUUGCUCUUUAUAUAUUUUUCAAGGCUUUCUACUCAACUAAGUGCACGGUGUCUAAUACUAAUGUAAAUUUGUUGCCACCUUCAUCUGCGCACCUUGACAGCCUUGUUCUUUGUGGGAAAGCAUUUACCCUUUACCCGGUAAAUCAGUAGUUGCUUCUAGUCUACCUUUGCUGAAUCAUUUUUAGUGUAGUGAAAUUGGCCUUCAUCCAAUUUAACGCCCUUUAUUCCUACUUUAUCAUUGUCCUUUUCUAAAUCUGAGAUAUGAUCACCUGAGCACAAAAGCCACUCUCAUUGAUGCUCCUUCCAAUAGCCCAGCUCCAUUCUCAAAACCUAAAGCUAGAAUUGCAUCCCCUUCUAAGCAUCCCAACAUUACUGAGGUGAACCAUUGACAAAAAAUGUCAGUUUGUUGCUUCUUUCGCAUUGUGUUUAUUUAGUUAUUUUAUUUCUCGCAUAACUUCUGCAAGGGUGAAUUCUUACUCCGUGAUUCCGUUUUUUUAGUUGUGAAUUUUAUAAUGGUGAAUUACAUGGGGGUAAACUGAACUGACUGAUGUUCUCCUGAAUGCAGUUUAAGAAUUACCUGCCCUCAUCUCUGUUAAAUUGACAGCAUUUUGAUUUGUUUAGAUGAAAUGAAAUUCCCCAUAAUAACUGCCCUAGUCAUUUGCACAUGACUUAAAAUAUGCUCUCAGGUUUAUUCACCUACCUCCUAAGUUUAAACAUUGUCUCCUGAUGUUUGUCCUUCCUCACAACUGUAAUUCCUCCUUAACCAAUAUUGCUACUUUCCUAUUGUUAUUCUUCCACUAUCAUGGCAGAAGACCCUGUUAUCAGAAAUGUUAAACACAGUUUUCGCUCUAAUCCAUAUUUCUGUAUUAGUUAUAAUAUAUUUCUGUGUGUCUAUCAGUAUUUUCAGCUCAUCCUGUCUUAUUGACUAUAUUCCUUGCAUUAGGCAUUUACUAUUAGGCACAGCUGUAAUCUCAAAAGAACUCUGCCUUUCAAAUUCUCGCCAAUAUUUCAGCCUUGCUUUUCCAUUUUUGCCAUUUUCAUUUUUCAAUCAUUGCUAAGAUCACAAGCCCACUAUUUUAAUUUUAAAAGUAUAUUGUUUACUCAAAGCAUCCGAGCAAUUUUUUUUCCCUCUUAAACUUUGUUACUCUGAGCAACGGAAUGCGUAUUCAUUCUCUUAUUAGAUUUAGUAAUAACUACUAUAUUUAUCAAUCCUGUUUUUGGUUUCAGCCACAUGGGGAAACAUUCUAUCAAAUGAAAAUUACACGUUCUGAUCCAUGUAUCUGUAAUCUUCCAAUUUGAGAUAUCAGCAUUAUUAAUUGAUUUAACAUUUUAUUUAAGUGCAGCUUUAUAUAAUAUGAAGAUCAAAUACCGUACUUCCUAUUUCAAUGACCAGGUUUCAAACCCAGCUUGACUACUACUGAAUUCUGUUCCCCUAAAAAUAAAUCCCAGUGUUUUAUAUGGUUUUUAAUUCCUUUGCUGACCUUGUUUUGUUAAUGAUAUUUCGCCUUUAAUCUUGCAUCUCUUUGGUUCUCUAUGAAACCACUCCCUAUCCCAGCAUUCAUUUUAUUUAUUUUUCUGAGGUCUGGGUAAUAUUUCUAUUUAACGUAUCAAAGUGCUGCACCUCACAUUAGUCGCAAGUCCAUUUUUUAUAGCUUUCGAUUGAUUUUUCAACAUUCAAAUUGUUCUAAAUUGUAACAAGUCAUUCUCUCUCUUGGUAUUAGGUAUAGUUUGAUAUCUUCAAAUCAUUGGUGUAAAUUAAAAGUAACAGUGGUUCCAUUUUUUGAUCUGCCUGCCAUCCUCUAUUGUGAAAAGUUAUUAUUUUUCCCUACUCUGGUUCACAUUUAAACUAAUUUACUGUUUAGAUAGAGAAUUCUUGAAUCCACUUGAUCUAGCCUUUAGAUAUGAGCCUGCUGUGUGUUAUCCUAUCAGUUUUUGUUUCUUUCUAUUUGCAAGUCAGUGAAAUAUAUGAAAAAUCAGAAAGUGCAGAGUUAUGACAUCUGAAAUAAAAGCAAAAUGCUGAAAAUAUUCAGCAGAUCAGCAAGCAUCUAUGGAAAGAAACAGUUAACCUAAAUUUAAAAUGUUAAUUUGUUCUUUUUAAAGCUUCUGACUUGCUGAAUACUGAAAGCUAUUUUGUAGUUUAAACUUACAAUUGCAAGAUAUAAUCAAAAACAUCCUUCUUGUUUGUCACUUCGUCAAAUUUAGUAAAAACUGCCUGUUCAGAACUAUAAUUUUCUUGUUUCAUCGAUCACUGAAUUAAACAAUUUACUAAUUAUUAAUUCAGACUUGGUCUCAAAUGUUUACGAAACCCCUGCCUUUGACUUUCCUUUCUCUUUUGCUUUGUCCAGCCUACUUGUAAAGACUUGUAAUUGCAUCAUUUUGAUGGUUGUGCCUUUCAUCUGUGGGAUCUUGAGUUCAGUUCCGCGACAGGAUGAACGUUUUUUUUGUGUAACACUGGAAUAAAUUUGUUUGGUAGUUAACGGCAAUUCAUGAUGGAAAGCAGUUCAUGGUACAAACCUUUUCUGAAUUGGUUUCAAAUGUCACUCCUGCUUCGAACAGAGGAUUGCCAUCUAGGCAAAAGAUGAAGUGCUCCUCCAAAGCUAAUACUGAGAGAUAUUGUUCAGGUCGACUAGAAGGAUAUUGUUCUCCAUCUAAUCCUUGCAUUACAUGAUCUGGAAUGUUUGAUUUUAAUCCUGAUUAUAUAAAAGAGAUUUGUCUAGAAA